AUCUGCCCUUUGUAGGCUUUAUAAAUUACUUAUAAUUUCCCAAGACUGUUGCCUUUUCCCAGUAAUAGUGAACGUAGGAUAAUACGGAUUUAUUAUCUGAAUUGAUAUUCAUAUCCGCGCGUAAUUCCAAAAAUGCGCGAAUGGCAUCAUUUGGCCAAGCCAAAAAGUGAAGACCCCUGUGAUAUAAGCUGGCCACAAUGGGCAUAAAAAGCUCUAUGGCCAGUGUAUCCGAGCUUUAGUCCCGUUAGUCGCACCAUCAGCUGACCCGAGCAACAACAACCUGUGCGGAGAAACAAAGUUUCGCGCUAAAAAUACCCAAAGUUCAUGGUCAACGUCUUGGGCGGAGCGGGCUGAUUGAAUCCCUGAUAUUGGCAUCCCGACAUGGCCCUGAUUCGCUGCUGCUUCGAGCCGCCGGAGCUGCCUGAGUUCUUCGACAGCUUUGUGCAGAAGUGCACGGAUCCCAGUUGCUGCUGCGGGUGCUGCUCGGCGCUCAGGCCGCGCUACAAGCGCUUGGUGGAUAACAUCUUCCCGGUUAACCCGGAGGACGGGUUGGUCAAGUCGAACAUGGAGAAGCUCACCUUCUACUCCCUGAGCUCGCCGGACAAGUUGGACCGGAUUGGGGAGUACCUGUACCAAAAGGCCACAAAGGAUAUUAACCGAAAGCGUUACAAACUAGCCGAGAUUGCCAUGGAGGCCAUGGACCUGCUUCUUCAGGCUUGUCAUGCCCAGACCACACUUAACUUGUUUGUAGAGUCCUUCCUACGGAUGGUGCAGAAGCUUCUAGAGGACUCAAACCCCAACCUUAAGAUAAUGGCCACCAAUUCGUUUGUGAAGUUCGCCAACAUCAACGAGGAUACACCAUCUUACCAUCGACGAUAUGACUUUUUCAUCUCGAAAUUCUCUUCGAUGUGCCACAGCGAUGCGGCUAGCAUGCGAGACAGUCUACGUCUGGCGGGAAUUAAGGGCUUGCAGGGCGUUAUCCGGAAAACGGUGUCCGACGAUCUUGUGGAGAACAUCUGGGAGGCGGAGCACAUGGAAAAGAUUGUGCCCUCGCUGCUUUUCAAUAUGCAGUUUUGUGUAAACGUUAUGUUCGUGAAGAAAAAUUUACUGGCGUCCGGGGAUCUAACGCCCGUAGAGGACGCCACCAAUGUUACGCCACCGGCCUUGGCCGAGGAGGUUCUCCGCGAGCUGGUGGGACGCGCCUCCUUCGGACACAUUCGCAGUGUGCUAAAGCCGCUGCUGACCCACUUGGACCGACAUGAGCUGUGGGUGCCCAACACAUUUGCCAUUCACACAUUCCGCAUCGUGAUGAUCUCCAUACAGCCGCAGUACUCGUAUACCGUGGUGGAGACGCUGAUGCAGCAUUUGGAUAGCAACUUUAAGUCCUCUCCGAAAACGCGCACUUCGCUCGCCGUUGUUCUAUCGAAGAUUAUUGCUAUUGCAGCGGGAGAGAGUGUCGGUCCCUCGGCCCUGGACAUCAUCAACAACCUGUUGACCCACCUGCGGACGAGUGUGAGCACUACCAGCGAGAUUACACCAGAGGAGUCACAAUACCAGGAGGCGCUCAUCAACGCGCUAGGCGAAUUUGCCAACCAUCAUCCCGACUACCAAAAGAUCGAGAUCAUGCUAUUUAUCAUGAACACCGUGCCGGACCUGUCCAAGAAGAGCAAGGGCGACCAAAUGCUGCAGAACAUUCUGCUUAAAUCACUGCUCAAAGUGGGCACACAGUACAGCACCGUCUCCUUCGAAAAGGCAUUCCCUGCCUCCUUCCUGCAGCCGCUGCUUAAGAUGGCACGUGCUCCACACAAUCCCACGCGCAUGGUUGUGAUGCAAAUAUUGCAGGCCCUUCUAGAUCGCCAUCAGAAUGAGCAGGUGCUCAGCAGCGUUAGUGUAAAGCCAUACCCGGCACUCUCGCAAGAGCCGCCCUCGCGCUCGGACAUAAUUUUCACGCACAAAUACGGCGCCAACAUCAUGCAGGCGUUGAUCGACUCCAUGGCACUGUCGGAUCGGGUUGAUGCCCUGACCUCCAGUUUUAAUACCGCUGCUCUACUCAUCGUAGAAAUGUCCUGCAACGAGACUGUGCAAGAGUUCCUUCUGUUUAUCCUCGGAAUCCAGCAGGUAGCCAGCACAGUGGACACUCUGGGCAACGUGCACAAAUGUAGCCUCCAUGCCAUCUCAAUUGGCCUGCUAGUGCUCAUCUCGCGUGUUAGUGGAAUCAACAACCUUUUGGAGUAUGCUCAAAAAAUAGUGGACGCACGGCGUGAAGAGGCCAGCCACUUCCUUCCCCCACUGCUUGAGCCCAAGAAGCUAGCCGGAAAGACUUUUAACCUGGCUCUGCCGCACUUAGCCAUAGAUAAGUUGGCGCUGGGCGAGUGCUUGCAAAACGCGGACAUGGACGCCCAACGUCUCAAUACUGGUGCUCCGUACUCGCUUAACCAAACGGAUCACCCAGGACACCGCCACUCUUGGGUGGAGUCGGUAAGCAACCAGCUGACUCAGCGCAACAGCUCAGCGGAUCUGACGGUCUACAACGGCGAUGUGGACAGCGUUAGCAGCUCGCCAGGAGUGUGCAAAAAGCUCCUUGCGCCGGAGUUUAACUUCGAUGCCAUGAAGCGAGCUCUGGCGGAGCCAACCGAGGCCGCGAAGCGGGAGCAGCGCGAGCGCCAGAUGCAGAUAGUUCGCACAUUCCGCGAAGGCGAGUUCGACGAUCUUAUGAGACGCACAGAACCAAAGCACGAUCUCAUUCAGAACCGCCUUAACGAACUUUUUAACUCGCUAGCCGUGGAGCGUCAGAUCACUCAGAGCGACACAAAGUCCAGUCAGUUGCAAGCCAGCAAUGAGAAGCCCAUCUACGAGACGAACUUUCCGGAACUCUUUUACUAUUAAAACGUAUUCCUCGAACUAUUCUAUAAUCAAUUCAACUAUAUCUAUAGCCCAGAAAGCGAAUUUGUUUGGUGUAUGUAUGGAACUAGGUAAAUCUUAUUAAAUUUUCUGUUGUUAAAUGCAAACAAUUCAAUUGUUAAACGACCCUGAAUAUGUACUUUGAAUUAAUUGUUAUACAAAUACAUAUAUGUAUACAAGUA